AAGUCCCAACCCAAGGCAACAAAAACCAAACCCAAACCCAAACACAAAUGCCCUUUCUUAUCUCUGUUCCUAAUUCAUCCACCCCUAUAUUCUCUCUUCUCUUACUUGGGUUUUCGACCGUUUAUACCCUUAAUCAAAUAUUUUUCCACACUUUCUCUCUCAUUUCUUCUUUCUGGGUUCGUCUUUUAACCUGUUUCCCCCUUUAGAUUUCUCAUCUGGGUCUCUCCCAAAAUGGGCAAAAAUCAAGCUUACAAAGCUAUGCAGAGAGCCAGGCUGGGCUCUAGCUCCGCUGGCCCCGAGGAGGUUGAAGACGGAAUGGUGGAUGGUUCAUUUCAUUCACCAGAGUGGCAUGCUGCUCGUUUGGCCAGCCUUAAAACUUCUCACACGAUCACAUGGGAAGAAUAUAAAAAGAAGCAAAAGGAAGAUGAAAUGAGAAAGGGGGAACUGGAAAAGGAUACAGAUAGAAUGAUGAGAGAGUACAGAGCUCAACUGGAUGCUGAAAGGGCACGCAAGCUUGCUCAUGGAAGAAACCACUCCAGUAGUAAAUCUGAUCACAAAAGAGAUAGGAAAGACAGAGAUUUGAAGAAGCGUGGCAGCAAAAAGAGAAAGCAUUCAAGAAGGAGAUCAUCUGAGUCUAGUUCCUCAAGUUCGUCCUCAGAUUCUUCUUCCAGUAGUGAGGAAGAAGAGAAAGAAUCUAGACGAUCCAAGUCCAGGUCUAGGAGAUCUAAAAAGGAAAAGAAGCACAAGUCGAAGACAAAGCAUUCUGGCAAUGACAAUGAAGAAGCUGGUGGUCCUGUGCCGCUUUCAAGAUUCUUUGAGGGUGUGAAGAGCUAAUGGCAAUGUACCUAUUAUUGUGCACCUAUAAAAUUCUCUUUCAAUAGGUUAUGAGUUUGUUCUUUCUUAAUUUCUUUGCCUAUGAGAAUUCCAUUGGUUCUUUGAUGGAUGAGUUCUUCGUGAUGAUAUGUUAGUUGCCUUUUCCAUGACUAGUAUCGUUUUCUGCUUUGGUAAGGUGGCUGUAUGAAAUUCAUCUCAUUCGGUAUGAUGAAUUUGUAUGAUAUGAUUCGAUGUAACAAUGCUCUUUACGCAGAGUAAUUCUUAACAAAGAGAUAUGAGCAUAAAUGUUCAUCUGA